CACGUGACGGUUGUUAGUUCCUGCUGGUGACAGGCCCUGCGGCCGGUCAUUCCGCCGCCUUCAGUCAUGUCUGACCUCGGGGACUGGUUCCGCAGUAUCCCCUUGAUUACCCGGUACUGGUUCGCCGCCUCCAUCGCUGUGCCGCUCGUCGGGAAACUCGGUCUCAUCAACGCUGUGAAUCUUAUCCUGUGGCCUGAGAAUUUCCUGCACAAGUUCCAGAUAUGGAGACCGAUAACAGCAACAUUUUACUUCCCCGUAGGACCCAAAACCGGCUUCUUGUACCUGGUGAAUUUGUACUUCCUUUAUCAGUAUUCAAGUAGACUGGAAACAGGUGCAUUCGAUGGGCGACCUGCGGAUUACGUCUUCAUGCUUCUGUUUAAUUGGAUCUGCAUCGUGAUCACUGGAGUCAUAAUAAACAUGCAGCUGUUGAUGAUCCCCCUGAUCAUGUCAGUUCUGUAUGUCUGGUCCCAGCUGAACAGAGACAUGAUCGUGUCCUUCUGGUUCGGAACAAGAUUUAAGGCCUGUUACCUUCCUUGGGUCAUUCUCGGAUUCAACUUUAUUAUUAGCGGAUCGGUGGUCGAUGAGCUGAUUGGAAACCUGGUGGGGCAUCUCUACUACUUCCUAAUGUUUAAAUACCCCAUGGAUCUCGGAGGGAGGAAUUUUCUUACCACACCACAGUUUUUAUAUCGCUGGCUUCCCAGCAGGAGAGGAGGCGGCGGCAUUUCGGGAUUCGGAAUCCCACCAGCCAGCGCCAGACGGGUGGAGGAGGAGCAGCCUGGAGCCGGUAGAAGACACGAUUGGGGGCAAGGCUUCCGCCUAGGAGACUAGUGAAAAACGCACUCCGUCUCUCUGUGGGGGAAAAAAAAAAAGUGUGCGCAAGAACUUUUUUUUUUUUUUUUUACAUUUUCUUUGUAAAUUUAGAACUUUCGGACUUCACAGCGCAGGAAGCAGCCGCCAGAUAAAGAGAGUGCGUUGCGUCAAUAUUGAGACUGAUGCAAAAGUGGCUGGAAAGCUUCACUCCUCCUAUACAUUCAGGUUGCCGUCUGUCUGUCUGUCCUGCCCAUGUUAAUGCAGGUCGGUGAGUCAGAUUGGGUUACUGCAGAUAUAUUGUACCUGAAAAAAUCACAGGCCGGAAACACGUUGGUUGUUCUCCACCGACUACAAUAAAAUUUAUAUUUCCACCAUAA